CAAGCCAGGGCGACUUGGUCAGAGAGGAAAAAAAAUCAAAGCGACCACAUGAGAACGAUCAAGCCGCAGGAAAAACCUCGCGGGGGAAGAAAACCAGCGUCUACAAGCAACCCCCCGAGCCAUCGCCUGUGCAGCGCAGGGGCGGCGCGGAGACUGGACCUCUCCCGGAGCCGCUGCCGGGGUGAGGAGCGAGAGAGCAGGGCCACCACUCGCCCACACGCACCCCGGGGACCGGCCGCAGUCCGCACACACUCACUCGCUCCACCUUCAGCACCGAAGCCGGCCACCACAGUUGCUGCCAACGUCCCACAAAGUGCAACAUUCACACACAGUUGCCUUUCACCUGUCCCGUCAACACCCUGAAGCCUAAAGUAGGCGGAAACCUCCACUAGCAUCCGCACCUGUGACUGGCCGGCCUGUACACCGCUCCCUUUAACAUUGUAUGCACAUUAUCUGUUUAAAGACAAUUACACAAUGAAGCGGCUGUACGAUGAGACCUCCUCGGACAGUGAUCUGGAGGAGACGAUAGACGUUGGGAGAGAGGAAUAUUACUGCCCUGUGACUCGAUCAAGUUCACCAACAACAACUUCACACAUGUUGGCACGAAAGAAGAGGCGUGGAAUUAUUGAAAAAAGAAGGCGGGACAGGAUUAAUAACAGUUUAUGUGAACUGCAACGCUUGGUCCCAACAGCUUUUGAAAAGCAGGGAUCAUCAAAGCUGGAAAAAGCAGAGAUCCUGCAGAUGACAGUGGACCAUCUGAAAUUACUCCGUUCAACUGGGGGCAAAGGUUAUUUUGAUCCUCAUUUGCUAGCCAUGGAUUACAGGACCAUGGGAUUCCGAGAAUGUCUUGCAGAAGUCGUGAGGUACCUAGGCUCAUUUGAAAAAUUUCAAGGUCGUGAAAGUGCUGAUCCACUUCAGGAUCGUCUAGUGUCUCAUCUCAACAACUACAUAUCUGAGAUUGAGCCUUCACCGACGUCCUGGGUCCACCGGGCCUGCGCUUGGCCACAUUACCAUCUCGCUGCUUUGCUACCACAAUCGGCAGAUGCAGCACCAUUAUCAUGCAGGGACACUUUUCAUAACCCAACCUUCCUUACGGGCCCAGCGCUGGCGUACUCCAACUCAGCUCUGAGGGGAAUUCCUCUUGAGAGAAUAGCGUCGACUAUGAUGCCAUCUACUCACUACCAUCUCCCGACCAUGGCUUCAUCCAGCCUCCUGUCAAACCUUGCAUCUCCUAUUCACAGAGUCCUGUCCAACAUGGCAUGCACGCUGCCUGGUGUUCCAUCCAACCUGAGCUCGACCAACAAAAUGUUAACGGGUGCUGUUGCAUCUCCACACAUCACCUCACCCUUACUGUCACCUGCUUCUAACUCCAACACCAUUCAUACAACGGCUACUUCCAUGCCGGGGUCUUUAGGAAGCUAUCCAUCUGUGCCACAUUUCCGAUUUAAUCCCUCUGGACCAACAAACAACCUGGGCACCCGCAAGCCUCGGAGAUCGUGGACAGCCGAGAUUGGGGCAUUCUAAACUCAGUUUAAUUGGGGGGAGGGGGUGGAAUAACGGCAUAUUUAAUAAUAAUGUAAGAACAUAUUGAGCCAGAAAAUAUUCCGUUGGAUAAAACCAUUCUAUUAACCAUUCUAUUCCUGACUGAAGUAAGAAAGAAAAUAACUGGUUUAGUAUCUAAAUGCAUCACAGAGUGCAGAGGUUUCCUUCAGCUCUCUUAUCUGAAAUGCAAUUGUUCGUUAUCUGGCAAUGAAUUAAUAUAUUUUUCCGUAACUUACACCACCCUUCCGAAAAGCAUUACUUUAGUUUAGUUUGUUUUAGAGAUACAGCACGGAAAUAGGCCCUUCGGCCCACCGUGUCCGCACUGACCUGCGAUCCCCGCACAUAAACAUUAUCCUA